GACGGAGGGGCUGUACGAUAACCUGGUCGGAGCGCAAUCAGCAUUACCGGACUUUAUUUUGACAUGAUAUACGCAUCUUUAGACCGCCAGCGACACGACACAUAAGCGCGACUGAGAUCUAUCAAUGACAACGCUGGCGAUUCGCUCGCCAUUGCAUAUUAUCACCAUGGGCGCGUCCGGCAAAAGAAGGAAAGUCGCUUAUGACGAGGAGGAUGAUGGAUUCAUGUUUACGAGAACGAGAUCAAAAGCCAAGGCCGCAGCUGCCGCACCGCCUCCGCGUGUUCAGGAAAAGGCCUCUGAAGAAGUAGGCGACCAAGAACCGAUCCAGGUACCGACGCCUCCCGCAAAGGAGAAGAGGAAGACGACUGCAAAGACGACGAGGAGUUCAAGGGCAAAGGAGGCGGCUUCGGAGGAGCAGGAUGCAAAGGAGCGAAAGGAGAAUGAGGCGCCGGUCGAGAAGAAUAAUAGUACGAGGACACGACCAGCAAUUGAUGCGCAUUCUCCGAAAAGUUCGAGGGAAAAGAAGGGCAAACGAGUCUUUACAACACCAGUCACGAAAAAAACCGCUGCUGUUAUGCCCCGGCGAAAAUCCGCACGACUUUCGGGCGAGGCUGCCCAGCUGCUCUCUGAGCCGCAGCAACAACAGCAACAGCAACAACAACAAUCGAAACCACGAACUCGAAGAUCACUCGUUAAGGCUGCACACGAAGAGCGAGAGCCUGAGCCGCAACCUCCAGCUGUGCCGGCAGAGCCGGAGGUAGCGGCCGUAGCAGCAAAGGGGGCAGCACCAGCAAACGAAAGGCGUGUUGGUGGAAAGGAUAGCACACCUCCAGUCUUUGAAAGGUCCAACGAGACGAAGAUCGCGCUGCCUUUUGCCGAUACGCCUGUGAUUAAGCGGAAUAAAGAGCUCAGAAAGGGAGGUUCGCAGGGCGGGCACCGACGAAGUAGUGUGGGAAUGCGAGGACGAAGGGCAAGCUCACUCAUCGACAGUGGCACAUCGAGCGCGAUGCCUCACAGAGAAGUCGGCGAGGCGGAUUUUUACAAGCACAUUGAAGGCGAAGGACUGCCGGAGCCUCGGCGCAUGCGGCAACUGCUCAUGUGGUGUGCUACGAGAGCCCUGGGUGACAAGCCUUCAUACUCGACAGGAGACGGGAAUGCCAGGCUGGCAGCGCGCGUCAUUCAAGAAGAAUUGUUAAAGGACUUUUCAAAUCGAGGAGAUUUAUCAGAUUGGUUUAGCAGGGACGAGGAUUCUGCCCCGGCAGUUGUGGUGAAGAAACCAAAUCCGCGAAAUGAAGCCAACGCGGCAAAGGUGCAGGAACUGGAAGCCGACUUGAAACGAAUAAAACAAGAACGAAAAGCAUGGGAAGCACUCAACAAGCCUCCCGACCACACGCCCCUUCCGGCACCAUCUGUUCCGCCGGACGCACAUCCCGCAGCAUCCUCUACCGCAUCUUUAUCAAAUCAACCCACUUCAUCAUCCUCUUCUUCAUCAGCCCCAUCAACUAUACCUACACUACCAUCCACAACACCUACAUUACCAUCCUCAUCUACAUCCUCUUCCUCAACCGCACCUCGCCUUCCGCCCCCAUCAACAAUACCAACAUCAACACCAGCAUCGACAUCAACAGCCCCAUCCACAAUCGACCCCUCACUGCUCGACCCAGAACAAGCCAACUUCCUCACAUCACUCACCGCGCACCCGGACACGGGCGACUCGACACAGCACCACCUGCACGACCUCGCGUCGGGGCUCGAAUUCAAAGUCGACCUCCUCGCCGAGGGCCUCCAUCAUUUAUCCCAGUACCGCGAAACCGCCGACCACGUGGCCAGCCGCGUGCUCGCGCUCGCGGCGGAUAGGCUCGAACAGCGCGACGUGCAGGGCAAAGAAGCCUCGGGCACGCGGGAUGUUAGUACGCAGGAUGUCUUGCGCGCGUUGAGCCGUGUGGAUCGAUAGUGUCUUGGCUUUUUCUUUUUUCUUGUUUUGUUGCUGACUACUUUUUUUGCGUUGCGUGUUGUGUGUUAUGUUGUGUGGUUGUGGUAACAGUGUUGUGUUUUGUGUGUGUGGGGGCGUUGAGUUAUGGAGUUUUCCUUUUCCUUUUCCUUUUUUCUCCUUUUUUUCUUUUUUACUCUUCACCCAUCAUUCUUCCUUAUUCUCUUUCUUGUCUUUUUUUGUGUGUGUUUCUCUUUCCAUAUUUUCUUGGCUCUUAUCCCCCCCCCCCCC